AAUGAAGAAAGAGUAGCAUAAAAUCAAUGAAAACACUUAACCUAAAAGUGCAUUAAAAAAAGAAAUUAAAAAAGGGAAUUAGAGUAUUCAGAUCAAAAUAACUUAAGCUAAAAGGUUUGAUAGAAAAGGACAAGAAAUUAAAUAAGGUUCAAAAUAUGAGAUCACUAUCAAUGAUAAAGCAGAAUUAUUCACUCUGAAUAGUGAAUAAAAUCAAAUCGUUAAUCUAGAUUCAUCAAAUUCUUCUAAAUAAGAGAAUACAGAAUGCUAUACUAAAACUAGCUUAAAGACUUUAAAAAGCUUAGAACUCAAUUCAAAGGAGGAAGCGUUUUUGAAAAUGUUGAGUUAUAAUUUCGAAAAAAAUAAGAGGAAAGGAAAAAGAAAAGAAUGCUGCGUUAUUUGGUGA